AUGUCUCUCUCAUCGCAGAGUGUAGAGACUAUCAAGUCCAUUCUCAAUGGUGUAACAUCCGAGGGCUCAAGUGGCUCUCCCGGCCUAGUAUUCCUUGCCGUGGACAAGUCUGGCAAGACUCUCGUCGAACAUGCUGCAGGCACAAAAGGCGUCAAUUCCAAGGAUCCCAUCGAUCUGGAUACUUCUUUCUGGAUUGCAUCAAUGACCAAGAUUGUGACCACUGUGUCUUGCCUUCAGCUUGUGGAACAAGGCAAGCUCAGCUUGGACGACCCAGAAGUCAUUAAGAAGUAUGCGCCAGAAAUCGGAGAGAAGAAGGUCUACGAAGACGGAGCCACACCACAGGACCAAAAGAAUCCAGUAACUCUACGCAUGCUGUUGGCACAUACCGCUGGUUUCGGAUACUCCUUCUUAGAUCCGCGGAUCACGGCCAUUGGCCGACCUGUGGGUAUUGACGAAUUCACUGGAGAUGUCAAUGCCAUUAAGGCGUCGCCGUUAGUCAACCAGCCGGGCUCCAGGUGGGAGUACGGAGUCAACGUCGACUGGGCAGGACUCGUACUCGAGCGUGCGACUGGCACGAAGUUGAACGACUACUUUCAGAAAAACAUCUUCGAGCCUCUCGGCAUCAAUUCCGUGACCAUGUUCCCAACCCAAGAGAUGCAGAAGAACCUCGCGUACUUCCACCAAAGAGACCCAAGCAGCGGCAAUCUCGUCGAGCGCGACCACGCCUUCACCCGUGCCUUCUUCCAGCACACCAAGGAAGAACAAGACGGCUUCUUCCACUCCGGCGGUGCCGGUCUGUUCGCAAAGCCAAAGGAGUACAUCAAGCUGCUCGCCACGCUUCUAAACAACGGCACAUGCCCAACGACAGGCACCAAGAUCCUCUCCUCCUCCACCGUCGACCAGAUGUUUGAAAACCAGAUCCCCGAGCACCCCAAUUUCGCCCGAGGAGCUCCCCCACCCCCGAAACCAGAGCUCGCGAAUGCAGCCCCGGAGAUGUAUCCCCAGGAGGGCAAUCCUCCACAGGGUUGGGGAUUGAGUUGGUUUUUGACCAUCGCGCCUGGCGCGACUGGACGAGGUGCUAAUACCGCCUGGUGGGCGGGAAUCGCUAAUUUGUACUACUGGGUUGAUAGGGAGAGGGGCGUUACUGGCGUCAUUGCGAGCCAGGUAUUGCCGUUCGGUGAUCCUAAGGUCGUUCCUGCUUGGGUUGCUGCUGAGAAGGCUGUGUAUGACGGUCUGAGCCAGUGA